AUGGAGUGGGAAAAAACCGCAGCUCUAGACUGGAACCUACCGGCAUAUGGCCGGAUUGAUAGCAAACGGCCCCUUUCCACCAUUUCGGAUGAGGCGGCGACCACUCCAGACCUGAUCUCAACAACACCACCGCCAUCACCACCCUUGCCAAAUGAGAAUGCCACUCACGACAAUGCCCCUUUUCCACUUCCUUCUCGGCUCCCUUUCCCCACGAGGCAGUCUGUCAUCAGUGGGAAACAGCGGAUGAUUGAGCAGCGAGCUGCGCCAGAGACAGAUGAUCCCCAGGACAAUCCAGCCAAGCGACGAUGGCGACAAGGUCAAGCAGCAGAUGCCGUUGUUCGUCUGCCCGAGGAGGCAGUCAACACCAGAUUCAUUCAUCGAAAUGACGCCACCUCAAAUGCAUUAGUCAAAUCCCUAGCUGACGGUAAGGAGCGAGGAAGGGUUCUCGAGCGCAUCGCCCAGGCGACAGACACCCACAUCGUGCCGGGCUUCAGCGGUGGUCGAGUUCUGCUUAUCUGGGGAACUGCUGCACAAGUCGCUCAAGCGAAAGCAAUCAUCUCGAAGAUGAUUGAACAAAUUUUCUGUCGAGUUGAUGGCCGGCGACGAUGGAGCAAGAUCCAUCCUGAGUAUGUUGAGGACCUCGAAAAGAUCCUCUUAGAACGGGCGAUCAAGACCCAUCUGGCUUCGCUGCGCGAACAACCUGCCACAGAUUCUCCUGAAUCUCCGACGGUGUUUAAUUGGCCCAAUGAUGGCCCGACAAUUCAGGAAGGUCUUGGGAACUACCUGGAGAAACUUGACUCCAUUAGAGAGGAGUUCCAAGUGCACAUUUACAUGGAAGAGGCCUCUGCAGACAAGAUUUGCAUUUCUGCAACAGUGGACACUGACAUGGAGCAGAUCCUUGCUCGCCUUCAGGAUUUGUGGAAAUCAACUGUGGCGAAACUUGACACCCGUAUAAAAGCCUACAUACUCGAGCCACCUUCAAUAGACACUAUGCGAGAAAAAGUGGUUUUGGUGAAGAGUGGUAGGUUGGCGCUGCCAUUACUUCAAAUAAGUCAGCAACACCUUCUCCACGAAUCACCUCAGCCACAGUGUGUUGACAUCGAUGUAAUUCGGAAGAAGAACAACGAGCUCCUGCUAAGCAGUUUCCGGAACGCGUUCUCGAAAGCCGACCUUUUUGCCGGUCAUCUGCGGAUGCGUGUUCACUUUGGGUCUUUUGUUAUGGAUAGGUAUCGAGAGCCUGGCGGUGGCCAAAAGGCGUUCGGCCUUGACGAAUUUCGUGAUAUGAUUCUUCUUGACCGAGCUAGAGGACGUUUAGUACCGGGAUUGAAAAUCAGCGGCGAAGAGCUGAUUUCUCGAUGCAUGAGCGCUACCUCUCUUUUCCAACCCGUGAAUACUUCAUACACCCUUUCAGAGAUCAAGGACAUCAUGCCGACCUAUGCAGCAAGGUUUGAGUUCUCGGGAGUCACCAAUUCCCUAUUUUGCCUGGAGGUAGAUUUCAGACGACGUAGCACCGAAAUUGAAAAGGGUUGCCAUCGAUGGUUCAACGUCCAUGAUGAAGACAAUGGACAAAUGCGCCGAUUGCCUCUGCAAGUUGGUGUUAUGAAUUUUUUACGCUCGGACUGGCAAGGGGACAUUGAAAUCUUCGAGCCGCUGCACAAUGAUCAGACAAAUGAAAAGUUAGUGAAUUUUCUCCACUCCAUCAGGUUUAAUAACCGCCCGAAAAUGCACGGCAUGGCUACCAAGCCUCAGAAAAAAGUAAUGUGUGCCCCAGUCGCACCACUGUCCGGCUAUACCGAGAAAUCCGCAAUCCAGUUGCUGGUCAAGGGCACGAAGUAUGUGUUUGAAAUGGCUCGUUUCGAUCGGUACACCCAGUCUCUAGGUGCCUGGAGCUCGACACCCACCGUUUCAUGGGGUGCUUCGUUGUUUGACCCUAGCUGGGAUGCUGCCUUGGGCGCCGAUAUCAAGUCAUAUGCAACGGACCCGAAGUACACAGCCAACCAGUUAGGACCUUUCGAGUGUUUCUUUCCUCCGCAAAAUGCCCCAGUCACCGAAGGCGACAACAAGGGAUUCUUGCAGUAUAUUGAAAUCGUCUACAAAAUCUCUGACCUUCUCGGGCUGAGCGAGGACGAAUUCGAGAAACUUACAGAGGACUCGAUCAAGCUCAGACUGGCGGAAUUGAUAGAUGUGGACCUUGGGAUGCUGUUUUAG